AGUGCUGACAGGAGAAGUUCUGUCAAAACAUUCGAAGAAAAUUAGUUUAUUGUUUAUACUGUUUAGAAUUUUGGCCUGCACAAAAUUUGCUCCCGGAAAUGAACGCACCAAUAAUUUGGAUAAUUGGCGGCCCGAACAGCGGCAAAGACGUCCAAGUACAAAAAAUUGUGGAGAAAUAUGGCUUUACACACAUCAAUCCCAGCGCCAUGGUGGACAAAGAGAUUGAGGCUAAGAGUGCAGAUGGCAAAAAGUUCGAAGCAAUACGUAAAGAUGGCAAGGAAGUACCCUUGGCCGAUAUAGUGCCGCUGGUGGAAAAGCUAAUCAUGGGCCAACGGGGCGGAAUAAAGGGCUUUUUAAUCGAUGGCUAUCCGCACAACGAGGCCGAAGCCAAGGUAUUGGAGGAUCGUCUUGGGCCGCCUACUAUGAUCAUUGCGUUGGAUGUGCAAGGUGAUACCAAUAAGAAAGAACCCAAGGCAGUGCUACAAAAAUAUUCGAACAUAACGAUGCAAAUCAAUGCCGAGCGGGAUGCCAAUGAAGUGUUCGAGGACCUAGUUCCCAACAUGGAGACACUGGUGAAGAACCGAGGGCCCCAAAUCUCAAUCGGACGCUAGAGCCUCAAAAUUCAAGUUGCUUGGAAUUCAAAUACAGCACCAUAGCCAUAGACAUUCAAAUCAAAUCGGAACAAAUACAACUUUAGCUCCACAGCACACCAACAGCAGAAAGCACACGGAACACGAAAAGCUCACAGCGAAAGCUUGCGUCAACGCCUCGUCUACGCGUACUGAAACCGUUAGCCGAAAGCCUUUUCAUUCAGUCACUCGCAACAUACGCUGCAUCGAGUGAGGGUGUUGGAAAAUCGUCGGGCGGAGAAAUCGAAUAACUUGGCGCUGAGCAAAUCCACAACAACAAC